AUGGAACCUGGAACACCGUGCUCGCACCCUUCUCUGACCCCAACGGAUUCUCUCCGGCUUCCGACACCUCAAAAACGGACUUGCCUUCCAGUCCCAUGGCGGAGCCCACUGCCUAACCCCAGAGCCCACCCUGGGAAUGCUUCGAAGAUCCCGUCUCCACACACUCUGGGAAUGCUCUGAGACAGCGGCUGCCUCCAUGCCCGCCGCUGCCAGACUCGCGGCUGCAGCUUCCCCUCCACUUUCACCUUGGCCUUUGCGCCCACCGCGCACAAGCUGCCAGCCAUGAUGCCCGCUCCCUUGCAGGAGCGCCAGAACUACCACCCAGACUGCGAGGCCGGCGUCAACGGUCAAGUCAACCUGCAGAUCUAUGCCUCCUAUGUGUACCUGUCCAUGGCCUUCUACUUCGACAGGGACGACGCAGCCUUGAAGCGCUUCUCCCACUUCUUCCUGCGCUGCUCUCACAAGCAUAAGGAGCAGAUCGAGAGCCUGAUGCACCUCCAGAACCGUCACGGGGGCCGCUUCUGUCUCCGAGACCUCAGAAAGCCUGACUGCACUAACUGGGAGAGUGGCCUUCUGGCCAUGCAGUGCGCCCUGCACCUAGAGAAGAGCAUCAACCAGAGCCUGCUCGACCUGUACCAGCUGGCCACUGACAAGAACGACCCUCACCUGUGCCACUUCCUGAAGACCCGCCACCUGGACCAGCAGGUCGAGUUCAUCAAGAAGCUGGGGGACCAUGUCAGCAACCUGCGUAAGAUGGGGGCGCCGGAAGUCAGCAUGGCAGAGUACCUCUUUGACAAGCUCACCCUGGGUGACGGUGACAAGGAGGACUGAAAUUGAACUGGACCUUUUUUUUCUUCCAGUUUUACCAGGUCUUCAAAUAAAGUUAUUGA